AUGCACGCAAAGUGGAAGCGAGGUCUGGCACGCAGCGAUAGCAGCGAGACAAUGCGUGCGAUGACGCUUGACGCUCAACGCGAGAAGGUGACGAUGAAGAGCGGGACAAGCGACGACGAGGGGAGGCUGGGUAGAACAAGAGUAGGAGUAAGGGAAAAAAAAGAGGAGGAGAGGAAGAAGGGGCAGAGGGAAGAGGAGAAGCAGACGAUGAGGAUGGAUGCAUCAGGUCCGCACGUACGCGAGAUUUGUGCAGUGUUGGCCCAGUCCAGCCCGGUCAGGCAGCCCAGCCAGCGCCAGCCAGCAGGGCCCAACAUGACUGGGACGCACCUCAUCACACAACCGGGCACCUAA